AUGGUGCAAUACAAAGACUUAAAGAUAAUGACAUUAAGAAAGUUAAGCUACAAACAGCCAAGAAGAAAAAUGAAAAAAAAAAAAUCCAAAAUUAAUAGUUCGGACGAUAAAGAAAAUGCGGACAACUUCAGUUUACACUCAUCUUCGAGCGAGGCAUCUCUAUCUACACUUUUAAGAAAAGAAGUAGAAGAACGCCAAGAGAAAGAAGAAGAAGCCUUUAAACCUGUGACUAAAAAGCAAAUAGAAGCUGUUGUUAGUUUUGUUAGGAAAGCGUCAGACCGUGCAGUCAUAACGACUUUCUAUUUCCCAUCUCAAGAAGACAUUACAGAUGUUAUGGAAGAUGACAUAAUCUUCAUUUUGCCGAAACCAACCAUUGGACGCAGGGGAGAAGUGAUUUUUUCAGUAGGAUUUUCUCAGAAUAAUAUACAGUAG